AUGUCCACUCCUUUUAAAUUCGUAAAACCACAAGUAGCAUUCGUUAAUGCGCCAUUUAGUCACGGACAGCCUAAGCGUGGCACGGAGACUGGGCCUGUGCAGUUGAUAAAGCACGGCCUCGCGCAGCAGGUGGAGACACUCGGACUAUCAGUCGACGCCAUAGAGGAUCAUAGCGGAUUUAGCGUGCUCGAGAAUGAUACGGACAUCGGCAAGCUCAAGUAUCCACGAACAGUCAGCGCGGCUACUGAGAAAGUGUACCAGGAGGUAAAGAAACACGCCCAAGCAGGCAAGCUUCCUGUGACACUGGGUGGGGACCACAGCCUAGCCAUGGGGACCAUUUCGGGCAGCUUAAGCGCUCAUCCAGAACUGUGUGUUGUGUGGGUGGAUGCUCAUGCCGACUUGAAUACACCCGAGACAACAGAAACGGGUAAUUUGCAUGGUUGUCCACUAUCUUUCUUGCUCGGCAUUGCCGGAGAUAUACCCGAAUUCAGCUGGAUCAAGUCGCAGCUGCACCCUUCACGUCUCGUGUAUAUAGGUCUACGCGAUGUGGAUGAUGGCGAAAAGCGUCUGCUGAAAGAACACAAUAUCACCGCGUACUCAAUGCACCAUGUAGACAAAUGGGGAAUUGGCAGGGUAGUCGAAAUGGCACUCAACGACGUCAAUCCUGAUGGAACCAGACCGGUACAUUUAAGCUUCGAUGUUGACGCAAUGGAUCCGUCGGUGGCUCCAAGCACAGGUACACCGGUUCGUGGUGGUCUUACUUUCAGAGAGGGGCAUUAUAUUUGCGAGGCGUUGCAUCAGACUGGUCUUCUUGUCGCUGUUGACCUUAUGGAAGUAAACCCGACACUCGAAGAUGAGCGCGCUGUAAAGCAGACUGUGAGCGUCGGAUGCUCGCUCGUUAGAUCCGCUUUGGGUGAGACGCUGUUGUGA